CGAUAACUUCACAUGUUUGCUUCAGCCAUGUUGUCGUGUACGAGAACUAUUUUUCUUUUUAACAUUAGUUUUUAAUUAUCCUAAACCUGAGCAAACAGAAAUGCCCAAGUGCGAUGAAAAAACCAGGUAUAUACCGGCGACCUUCGCUUGGACGAUACUCUUGGGCGCCACGACACUUUUCUUUUACUAUCCGGCUCAGUACUAUAUUUUAAAAUACCCAUGGGUGCCGGCAUACCAAGGGGUUAUAACCUUCUUUGUUUUAGCAAACUUCACAUUAGCCACUUUUAUGGACCCAGGUGUCAUACCAAAAGCACCACCCGACGAAGAUAGGGAGGACGAUUUUCGAGCGCCACUUUAUAAAAACGUUGAGGUACAUGGUGUAACUGUUCGAAUGAAAUGGUGUGUCACUUGUAAGUUUUAUCGGCCACCACGGUGUUCACACUGUAGCGUGUGUAAUCAUUGCAUAGAGACAUUUGAUCAUCACUGCCCGUGGGUGAAUAACUGUAUUGGCAGGAGAAACUAUAGAUUUUUUUUCUUUUUUCUAAUAUCGCUCAGCCUGCAUAUGAUAAGCAUAUUCGCACUUAGUCUAGUGUUUGUACUUCAAAAAAAGGAGAGACUAUCUGAAGUGGAACCAAUCGUCGCAAUGGUGCUAAUGGCUAUUGUAUCAUUACUGGCAAUACCAAUAUUUGGACUGACUGGCUUCCAUAUGGUCUUGGUUACGAGAGGUCGCACUACGAAUGAACAAGUCACCGGCAAGUUCAAAGGCGGUUAUAAUCCGUUUUCUAGAGGUUGCUGGGAGAACUGUUGUUACACUCAGUUCGGUCCUCAGUUUCCAAGCCUUAUAAAACCAUCAAGAUAUCAUGCAAAACGGAAACAUUGCUCCUCCCAUGGCCCGAUAGCAACAAUAACGAACGACAGUCAAGUGAAGACGUACAUGGACAACAGUAACGGCGUACGAAACAUGAAUUCAAAUGCAUAUAAUAAAUUAUCGCCUGGAAGAGACAUGUCCGAUCCGGAUUUAGAGCCGUCAGCGUCUCAAUCACAAGACUGCGAACCCACGCCUCCGUUACAAAGGCACGGUUCAAAAAGCAAUUUCUUCCUACCUCCGGUCGAAGGGGAAUCUCCGCGACACCCGCGCGUACAAUAUGCCGCCGCGAGGCAUAGUCCGCAUCCGAGAACUCGAGGUCUCGAUCCGAACAACCAUCGAAGUGGUACGCCGGAAACGUCUUUGGGGGCCCAAAGACCAUCGCCUUCGCAACGAAUUAAAGCGAUCGGCAUGCCUACUCCACUCGUUAUGUCUAGUCCAAUUCGAAGAUCAAACCCCAGUACCCCAACGCAGCCCCGCCGUCCCGACUUUAUCAGCGUAAACACGAACCACCAAAAUAACGUCGGUCCGUAUUACGAAUUCCAAAAUCAAGGUCAAUCGAAUCAAAGGCAACCAUCUUCGCAGGGAAUUACUGGUGGUUAUGCCAGCCCCCAGAGGAGGUUUUUAUCAGAAGGUGAACUUGUGCGACAGGAAGGGCAACAAUUAUCGUAUCCACGAUCUAAUAAUACCGUUGAUAAUAUUAGAGAAUUGGCCAAUUCGCCGCAACGAGGUGUUUAUAUGUGGAAGGACACAUCACCUGGUUAUCCACCACCUGCACAACAUCCAGAUUUUUAUCGUUCGAAUCCAACAAGCCCAACGCAGCAGCAAACGUAUAACCAAUCGCAAUCGAGAACCUACCAUCCAGCAAUGCGAGGUGGCGUUUCUGUGUUUCCACCCCAAAGCCCGCAGGUGCACCGAAAGAAUCAAUUGGCGACCUCAAUAGGUCUCUCGACAAUGCAAUCGCAACAGCAACAAGAUGCGCGUCGACGUCCGAUGUCGUUUGUACGGGCGUUGGAGAUGAGUGAUUCGGUCGAAAUGACGCCCGGGCAACAGCAACAACCGUGCGCUGUACACAAGCAACAAGGUGGCGGUGGUGGCGGACGACCUUCUACGCCCGAUCGCAUUAGUGUGUACGAUCUGAAUUAUGAGAUCUCGGUAUAGGGGCGGUGUAGGCACUCACUCUACGCCGAAUGAGUGCUCCUAACCCUUCACCACGCCCCAAAAAAGUCCCUAAAAGCCGUUAAGUUUCUCUGCAUCAGAGACGCGUUGCGGAACAACAACCUUUUUUGAUCCUCAGCCCGCCGAGAUUUCGCCCCCUAGUCUUGUAAUCAGUAGGUUUCCAGUGUGUCAUCAACUUUUUAAGGUGAAUUGUUUCAUUUCAAUCACUAUAAAAUUGUUUUUAUUAAUUUUUGAAAACUUAAGAAAAGAUACUCAGGAAUUAAUUGUUAAUGUGUUAUUAAUUGUUUUUGAUUAUUUUAGACAUAAAAGAGUUAUUUUAGAUUCUAAAGAUUAAUCAUCACUUUAUUAACUUAAUAUCUAUAGUUUUUUUCUUUCUUUAUUUAUUUUCCAUUUAGAGUUAGUGAUAUAAGAUCCAAAAUGAUUGUGAAAAUUUUGUUUACAGUUUUUAUGUUAUAACUGGGCAAGGAUAGAAGUUAAUCGUUUUUAGAAGGCAUGUUAGAUAGAUGUCAUUUACUGUAUAUAAUAACAAAAAUUACGCCUGUUUAGGUGCCCUAUCAAAAUGGUUUACUUGUAGUAAUUUAGAUUGUGCUUGAACUAUUUAUCCUCAAAAUCAACAUACCUUUUGGUUGAAUCUACCUUUGUAAAAGAAAGUUUAUUAAAAAUUUACUUAUUAUUUUAUUAAUGUUCUGCCUUAAGUACUACAAAAAUUUAAUUUUAUUUCUUAAACACAACUUAACCACAAUCUAUAUUACUCAUAAACAAUCCUCGUUUAUUGUUAUGACCAAAUUAAUUAUAAGGCUUUAAUUUUUAUUUUAAUGGAAGUGAGGUGAGAUAAGUGAUAAAAUUAAAAAAAAAU